AAUCUGGUUAAUGUAAAACAUGUGUUGUUUUGGAUAAAAUUGGCAAACAACGGGGAAAUUAAAGGGUUGAUGCACAGUCGUCGGCCGAAGACAGCCGAGGAUUCUCGGGGUAGCGUUCACUGCGGUGACGCUGCGCCACUUUAACUGGGCCCUGUCUGAUACUUAGCCGUCCAGCUAACACAGGGGAGAAGGCGAUGAACCACGUAAAUUUACGGAACACAUCAGGGAUGGAGUCACAGAACCUCGUGGACGAUCUGUCGCCAAAGAAGAACACAGUUCUCAAGCUUAGUAAUGGUCCUGUUGUGGGGUCCCGCAAGCGUCCGUCAGAAGGGAACUAUGAGAAGGAGAAGGAACACUGCAUCGCCCUGUUUGACCAGUGGUCGGAGGCCGACCAGGUGGAGUUUGUCGAGCGCCUGAUCUCCCGUAUGUGCCACUACCAGCAUGGCCACAUCAACUCCUACCUCAAACCCAUGCUGCAGAGGGACUUCAUCACUGCGCUGCCAGCCCAAGGCUUGGAUCACAUAGCGGAGAACAUCCUGUCUUUCCUGGAUGCACGGUCGCUAUGCUCGGCAGAGCUAGUGUGUAAGGAGUGGCAGAGGGUCAUCUCUGAGGGUAUGCUGUGGAAGAAGCUCAUCGAACGAAUGGUCCGCACCGACCCGCUCUGGAAAGGGCUGUCUGAGCGACACCAGUGGGAGAAAUAUCUGUUCAAGAACCGUACAUCAGAAGUCCCACCCAACUCCUACUAUCACUCCCUUUAUCCCAAGAUCAUCCAAGACAUAGAGACUAUCGAGGCUAAUUGGCGAUGUGGCAGACACAACUUGCAGAGGAUUCAGUGUCGCUCAGAAAAUAGUAAAGGCGUUUACUGUCUCCAGUACGACGAUGACAAGAUCAUCAGUGGCCUUAGGGACAAUUCCAUUAAGAUCUGGGAUAAGCAGUCUCUGGAGUGUCUGAAGAUACUGACCGGUCACACAGGCUCAGUGUUGUGUCUGCAGUACGAUGAGAGGGUCAUCGUCACCGGCUCUUCUGACUCAACUGUCAGGGUGUGGGAGGUGACGACGGGCGAGGUACUGAACACACUGAUCCACCACAAUGAGGCAGUUCUUCACCUGCGCUUCGCCAACGGCUUGAUGGUCACCUGCUCCAAGGACCGUUCAAUUGCCGUCUGGGACAUGGCCUCCCCGACUGACAUCAGCCUACGUCGCGUCCUCGUGGGACACCGGGCUGCUGUAAACGUGGUAGACUUUGACGACAAAUACAUCGUGUCCGCCUCAGGGGACCGCACCAUCAAGGUAUGGAGCACUAGCACCUGUGAGUUUGUGCGCACUCUAAAUGGUCAUAAACGGGGCAUUGCCUGUCUACAGUACAGAGAUCGUCUGGUGGUCAGCGGCUCGUCUGACAACACAAUCCGGUUAUGGGACAUAGAGUGUGGGGCAUGUUUGCGAGUGCUUGAAGGUCACGAGGAGCUGGUGCGCUGCAUUCGCUUUGACAACAAAAGGAUUGUCAGUGGCGCCUACGACGGUAAAAUCAAGGUGUGGGACCUGCAGGCAGCCCUGGACCCACGAGCCCCCGCCAGCACAUUAUGUCUGCGCACUCUAGUGGAGCACUCUGGCCGCGUGUUCCGCCUCCAGUUUGAUGAGUUUCAGAUCAUCAGCAGUUCUCACGACGACACCAUUCUGAUUUGGGACUUCCUGAACGUCUCGACCAAUGGCCAGUCAGAGGGACGGUCUCCCUCCCGCACCUACACUUACAUUUCUAGAUAGCAGGUGGCGCCAUCCACCGCACCUUUUCUCGGAGGAGCCCAGGGCUGAUGGGCUGAUGGGUGCACCCAUCACGGAAACAAGCCCAUCUCUUCUCCUUCCUCCUCGUCAUCUCUCUGUCCACCUCCCACCCCGCCCCCGCCACCUCCACCUCCACCUCCCUGCCUGUUCUGACAGACUCUUGAGCUUGUGCCCAUUGCCUGCCAGUACCGUGACAUGCACCCACAGACACGCGCACACACAGGUCUACACUGAUGAGGAUUCCCUACUACAGAACCAAUGCAACUUUCCCAAGAAGUUCACCUUCUACUUCUAAUUUAUGUUUUGUGAAGUACUCUAAUGACAGUAUUAACUUAGACAUUAUGUAAGUCACAAGCUCCCUUUUGUCCCCCUGAUGCAAACUUAAAGCAGCUUCUGCUCCUCAGUUUUCAAUCCCUGCCAAAACAGGUUUCCACAGAUAUGGAAUCGCUUAUAGAUAUAUAUUUAUAUAUAUUACACACACACACACACACACACACACACACACACACACACAUACAUACACAGUGGCACAGUUGGACAGAGGAUGACCGGAGCUGUGAUGCGGGAGGCAGAGACUCUUUACUCAGCUCCAGGAAAGGAGGGAAGGACUGGAGAUGGAGGGAGUGAACGAGGGAGAACUGUGUCGGGGGUGACUCCCCCCCUCACUCUCUCUCACUCCUCCCAGUCUCUCUCCGCCACCCCUCGCCCCCCCUCCCCUCUAACCCCGAGAGAUGCACACUCGCUUGGAAUAUGGGGGCACGCACACACUCAAGUUUGCGUGAGUGUGUUUGUGUAUGUGGACUUGUGAAACGGCAGAACAGAGCAGAAGCGUCAAACAGACAGACAUGCAUGUGAGGUUGCCUUGGAUACAGCAUCCCGGUACACCUCUGCUUUUUUUUUCUCUUUAACUCUUACUUUCUUACUGUUUUUUAUUACUGUUAUUUUCUCAUUUUAUUUGAGUAUUUUGGUUCUUAGUACAAAAAUCAUACUAAGCGUAGUCCUCUUUCUCUUUCCCCCUCUCUCUCUCUCUCACUGUCUUUUUCCUCAUUCUUUCUUCUAACUUCGACCCUUGUUCAUCUGUCCCUUUCACUCCAUCUUUCUCUCCCCAUCAUCUACGUGCUUGCUUUGGUUAUGAGAGAAGCUGGAACUCAAGAGCUCAAAUUUAGCUGUAAACGGAGUUGUCUUGUCAAAAAUUGUGUUGUAUAUUAAAAAUGAUUUUUUAAAGAAGAAAAUGACCUUAUUGUGAAUAAAGUACUUGACAGUGGUGGAGUGUUGAGCCAACUGUAACAUGAAUGAGUGUCUAAUUGUCUGUCUGUUCUUGUCUGUGUGUGUAUGUGUGGGUGGAUUUGUGCCAUGCUGCCUCUAUCUGACAUGUAGAUUCUACACUCGGUACUUUCAGUCUGUUCCUUUCAUACUUCAGACAGGCAGCAGGGAACCUGUGGCAGUCUGUCCUACAAACAACUAAGAAUUAAGAUAUUUUUAAUUUUAUGAGGCAUUCCUGAUUGUUCACAGAAAACACAGAUUUUUAUUUUUCAAGCAAUUUUAACUUGAUCUGAUACCAGAUUUCUCUGAACACUGCAGCAUUUUAUUGUCCUCCUGAGUGUGGAAAACUUCUGCUGAUGAAGACAUGAUUGAAAGCGUGGUGAAAAUAAUGUUAGUGACCUGUGAUGAUUUUGUUUUUUGCUCAAACUAGUUCAAGACUUCACACUGCUCUUAAAACUGUGUGCCUACA